GAAAAAAACGCUUUGUGUCCGGUCGUCAUCUGCGUAUCAUCAUUUUAGUGCUGCGGAGAGCAGCGCAAGCGUUGGACGAUGGAAGCACACGAUUUCAGGGUACGUGCUCAAUUCUUGUUAUCUUUCUUCCCGCUGACUAACGAGUACCAAAGACGUUCAAGUCUUUUGCCGCGACUAGCCAGCUCAAUGGAGGGGACCACUGGCGACUAUCGUGUUUCGAGAACGGGUUACGGAUUUUUGAAGAAGACCCUAAUGUUGCCGCCGAAAGUCAGCAGUUGAGCUCAUCAAAAUGUUCCUCGUCGAGCUGUAAGGGCAUAUCCUUGAUAUUUUCGAGACCUGAACUGGUUUUCAAGCUUGUCAUGGACCUGGAGAGUACAAGACGUCAAUGGGAUCUGACCUUUGACCACGGAUACGUGGUGGAGUCAAUUGAUGAACACACAGAUGUUAUACACCUCUCCCUUAGAAAACAGUGCUCCACACAAGACUUCUGUCUAUCUAGAUGUUGGAAUCGCGACCCGGAUGGGUCGUAUGUAAUCGUGUAUUCUUCUGUUGAACAUCCCAUGUGUCAAAGAACUCGUGGAAUGUCACGAGGUGUUAUGUUUGGCGGUUGGAUUAUAUCGCCUUUCAGUUCGGCUAGUGCACUGAAUGUUGGGAAGCCAGGAUCAAUAACUCCUGAAUGGUCGAGCGCCUGCCUUGUGACCAAAGUCGUCAAGUUGCAGCACAAUUUAUGGCUCGAGUGGUUCUGCCGAUCAGGCAGAAUAUCAUUGCCACAACGAAUUGUCAUCGCUCAAGUGGCAGGCUUGCGUGAGCUUUGUGAUCAUACAUCUGAACUGCGUGAAAUUGAAAAGAAAGAUUUGUUGAUUCAGUACAUGGCUACCGACACAACAGAACCUCACGGUCAGGCAAGUUUGUAUGCUGGCGAUGUCUGCAAUACACGCAGUCCAAAGCUGAUAAAUAUCGGUUCACUUACAAAGGGUAAGUGGCCUUUUGAAGCAGGGUUGAAGUCAACAAACUGCUGGUGUGCCCCUGACGGUGACAACUUUAGAGUGCGGGGUAGCAACUACCUACACGAUCGCAAGAAAGUUCCAGCGGGACAGCCUUUCGCUGAGCUUGUAGCAGUUGACUGGUUUGUUGAUUAUCGGCGAAUCGAUAACAUUUGUUCGCGUCCCUCCGGGACCUGUCAACAUAGUUUGUUGAAAAAUGAUUAUCAAGAGAGCUUUGUCUUUGCUGUUAAUAUUCAAGUCCCUGGCCCGCGUCAUUUUUCAAUAGUUUAUUAUUACCGGUUACGUGCUCCACUCGAUAAGUCAUCUUUGUUCAGUCGGUUUGUCCAUGGUGAUGAUGCAUUCAGAAACUCACGGCUGAAAUUGAUUCCUAGUGUUGCUUUGGGGCCCUGGGUGGUCCAACGUGCUGUUGGAACAAAACCGCUGAUUGUCGGUAGAGCAUUAAAGGUAGUGUAUCAUUCCAGGCCGAAUUAUUUGGAAGUUGACAUCGAUAUUGGGAGUAGCACAGUCGCAAACAAUGUCGUUCGCUUUGUUCUCGGAUACGUGCGUACCCUUGUUGUCGACAUGUGUUUUCUAAUAGAAGGUAAAUCUGAUGGAGAACUGCCGGAGCGGCUUAUAGGAACGUCACGCAUUGCACACCUGGAGCCCGACGCGGCAGUCCCGCCGCCUCCUGUAGUGUGAUGUAGUCAAAUAACUGUCUUCUCGUCAGCAUGAUUUGGUGAAGCUCUAGGAAUAGCUAUUGUGCAUAUAAGUGCCUGCCCUGUUGGUGCAGAAAACUGUUGCAGAU